GACACCAACGAAGACAGGGCGAGAUCAAGUCGCAGACGGAGGAAGGCAAGAAAAAGAGGGAGAUCUUGACAAACUAAUAAAACCCAUUAAAAUGUCGGGACGGUCCGUGCGAGCGGAGACACGCAGCCGUGCCAAAGAUGACAUCAAAAAAGUGAUGGCGGCAAUUGAAAGGGUCCGUCGGUGGGAGAAAAAAUGGGUUACAGUGGGAGACACAUCAUUGCGGAUAUUCAAAUGGGUCCCUGUCACAGAGACUAAACAGAUAUACAAGCCUAAAGUGGCGGGUACUGGAGUGAGGGAACUAAAGGGCUUUCCUACAGACGUAGUGUUGGAAAACGCCCGUUCCGUGCUACUGGAUUUUCAGGAUGACAACAGUAACCAGAGUUUCCUAUCAGAUGCCUAUCAGUCUAAUACCAAAGUGGACAGCAGCAGCAACUCCAGUCCACAGCAUGUGAGUGAGGCAGUGAGCCCUUCCCAUGCACCCUACUUCCGUACAGAGGAUUCCCAGCCGCCCACCCUGGGACAGGAGACCAUGGAUGCAGAGAGAGAGGCAUCAACAACCAGCAGCGAGGUGACGGAUGAGCCCCCAACUCUAAUUAAAGAAGAUGUGUUGUCUCUCUCUACUCAGGAGGAAGAGGAUGCGAUUGGAGCCCCGCCGCUUAAAAGAGUUUGCACUGAGCAAAACUCAACUCUCAGUUAGCACCACUAUGCUGAACAUCGCAGGUCAAAAAUACAGGAGCAUUUGAGAGACUAAACUGUACAUUUAAGAGACUUUUUACAACCUGCCAAAUGCCUGAAAUUCACUUUUACAGUAUUCGAUCAAGAAAAAAAGCUUGAAAUGUUUUCUUUUUUUGUACAUUAAAAAAAUGUUCAGGUAUUUUCUUAUGAAGGUAAAGCAGUUUGUAUUGCAUCUUAAAAAAAAUGGUUAAACUGCAUGUUUCUCAAUCUAAAUUGAGAAAGGACUUUAUCAGUAUAAUACACGUGACUGCAUGGAGUAAUGAUUGAAAACAGUUGAAUUUUAAACUUGUUAACUUGUUUUGUGUUUGUGGCAUUUCUAAAGAUUAUACGAAUAAAUUUUAUUAGCUUGUCUUACUUCGUUUUAUUGUAAAAAUACUUAAAAGCAUGCAUUUUAGGGAAGUUUUGGAAUAACAUCUGUGUUGUGUGUAUGUUUUCUUUCAUUUCUUUAUUAUUGUUCAAUGCACUGCAUCCAGUUACCAAACUUUUUAUUAAAAAAGAAGGAAUGCUUAUCUUUUAUAAAUGUUAAGGUCACUCACAGAUUUGUAUUUUAAAUAUGAAGACUUCCACUUUCCAUAUCCAAGUAUUUUUCAAAUAAAAAAGAAAUAUGUGUGUAUGAUCCAUAUAGUGUUGCCUGGUAAAAAUGUACCUGGACUUCUCCACAGGAGAGAUGGAAAUAAAACCACUUCGGAUUUA